UUAAAAUAAUUUUUACAAAAUAAACUGCACAAAUAAAAUGAGAGAGAUACUGCAAUUCCAGAUAGGUAACUGAGGCAUCAAUAUUUCCCAAAAGAUAUGGGAAAAACUACUAUAUGAACAUACUUGUGAAGAAGAGAAGCAGGAGGGGUACCUACAAGAGAAAUAUAUGGACACGUACUUUAGACAACAGAAGGAUGGAAAAUGGACCCCAAGGUCUAUACUUGCUGAUUAUGACCCUGAGAGCAUCCAGGGAGUUAUGAAGGGAAGUCUAGGGGAGGUUUAUGACCAAGAAAAUGCCUUCAGCGGUAUAAAUGGAACUAUACGGACUUUUGCAGAUGCUCAUUAUAAUGAGAGCAAGUAUAUUAUGGACUCUGUUAAAGAUUCUAUUAGAAGAGAAGUAGAGAAAUGUGAUUCAAUGCAAGGGGUUCAGUUGGUUUCAGGGAUUGGAGGAGGCACUGGUUCUGGGCUUGCUACAUCUAUACUGGUUUUCUUCAGAGAAGAUUAUCCAGAUAAAACUGUUGAUUUCACACCAAUCUAUCCGUCUCUAGGAGAUGAACUUAAAGCCUUUGAAAUUUACAACUGGUGAUUUGCCAUGCACCACUCAAUUGAGUACUGAGACAUGAGCAGACCAGCUGACAACCAGGCUCUUUAUCAGACACUGUUCCGAACACUCAGAAUCAAAGAAUCAACAAUGGAUGAAAUCAACAGUGCGAUUGCUGACUCGUUCAUCGAUUUGACAGCUGGCAUGAGAUACCCGAUGAGAAAUUAUCUUGAUCUCAAGAAAAUCUCAACCAUCUUGAGACCAUUUCCAAGAAUGAGUCAAUUUCUGCAAACUGUGAGGAUUCCUUACAACAAAGAUGAACGGAGCCAGUUUAUUUCUGCUCUGCACCACCCGAAGAGUUAUCUUUGUGGGAUCAACCUUGCUGAUGAUAAACUCAUAUCAACUGCUGUGUUGCUCAGGAACCACACUGAAGUCGGCCAGAGGUUCACUACUGAGUUUUCAGAUUGGAGACACAACAACAAAGACAAAAUCAGACCCUUCGGGUUUGUCACUCCGCAUUGCUUUAUCGCUCAAGCAAAACUUGCGAAGGAGCAGGACGAGCCUUCUGGCUCCAUGAUCUGAAGCAGCGCUGCCAUCAAAAAGUAUCUCAGUAAAUAUGCUGACGCUUUUACAAAGCUGUUUGCAUCAAAGCAGUUUGUCCAUGUGUAUCUGGAACAAGGCAUGGAUGAAAUGGAGUUCACAGAAGCUGAGUCCAAUGUCAACGAUCUUAUCUCAGAAUACACAGAAUACUCAGGCAACUACUACUCGGAUGGUGAAGGCGAAGGAGAACUUGAUACUGAAGACUAAUCAACUGCUCAACUUCUGAUGUUGACUGCUGUUGUGUCAUCUCUGAGACUUUAGAUAUCAAGAUAUUUCAAUUU